CCUUUCCUUUGAAAAAACAACCACGAAGGUUUGCCCAUGAGUUCUGUCGACCUUCGUGUCCUCGUAUUCUGAUGGUGAAGCCGCAAGUAAAGGGCUUUAACAUGCAACCUGAGAUGUCUUGGUUCACUCCGAAGUCAGAUGGCACGUGGUCCUCUGGAUUCAAUACUUCCUCCACUACUACUUUGAAGUCCUCCCAGCCUUCCAGUCUGAAAUCUCCACAAAGUCCAGGUCCUAGUUUGAAACGUUCCCGUUCGCCGACGAGGACGAUGGAGCUAGCUCCCUUGCCUGCGUUGAGUGGCGACAUCAUCCUCGAAGUGUUUACCCAUAGAUCGCUGCGCUUUCCCGGUGCUCCCAACUCUCAGGAGUUCGAAUAUGGCAACGAUCGAUUGGCAAUCAUUGGCGAGAAGGCAUUGGAGAUGGCCUUAACUGAUGCAUUAUACAGACAACGUCCUAUCUUGAAAGCCCAUGAUAUUGAAUCCCGACGACAGGAACUUCUUUCUCAUCAUGUUUUAGAGGGGUGGGUAGCCGGCUACAGGCUUCGCGACAAGUUGCGAUGCACCCCAGAUGCUUUUGCCACGCUCAACGACCCUACUGAAACUAAGCAUCUCUUUUGUUCUUACGUGGGUGGGGUGUACGCACAGAAUGGAAUGUCGACAGUGCAGAACUGGAUUGGCACUUUAGUUGACCCUGAAUAUGAAGGGGCGUCUCGCGACACUGAUAUGGACCAACCCUUUAGUUUCAAGAAGGUCAAGACGGAACAAUUCAGUGCACCGCCGGAGCCCGCCUUUAAUAUGCCGCAGCCUCCCCCUCCGCCUCCUCCAAUGAAUCCGCCACCUCCCCUCCCCAAUCCGCUGUCUCCCGCACAGCCUCAGGCAGCAUUUCUGCCCCUCUUCAACCAAACGGCCACCCAGCGCCGUUUGGUCGUAGAGUAUCCUGCUUCGUUUUCUGGGCCUGCUCAUGCAGGUAGAUGGACUGUUAAGUGUUCAACGGAAUGGAGAAAGGGAUGGGCUCAGGACCCAGCAAGCAGCUUGCUAAGGAAGAGGCUGCCAGGCAGGCGUACUUUGCGAUGGGUUGGGCUCCCCGUAAGUCCCCCAAAAUUGAUUACUAUUGUUAACGGCUCCACUUACUCGUGUGCAGGUGGCGCAUGAAUAUACUGUAUGAGCGCACCAGCGUGUCUUUUCGCGAAUAGUUGUACCGUUGUAAUCUACUAGCAAAGUGCGAAACGUAGCCGACGCUGCUCACAGCAGCGAGCUACGUUACAACGCCUCAGGAUCAUUAUGGAACAUACACAUUCUAUCAUGAUUUUGCUGCUGGAUUACAACGGUCCAAGUGUUUGACUUGCGAUCGAAGCAAAGUCAAACUUGGCAGCACUUCCCGGGGAUGUGAGUUGAUGCGCGCACUGACCGGUCGACUCCCUUCAUGUGUCGACUUUGAGUUUGCUUCGAUUGUCGUGGUCGAAGCGAUAAUCCACUCCGGUGAGCUUAUACAUUGCCUUCAUCGCUAACGGGGUCGAUCGAUGCCAACUUGAGAAUCCUUGAGUGUGUCGCUAUGAUGAAUUUGUGCCCACUUGGUUCCCCUUAUACGUUUCUUUUAUGAAUGUGAUCGGUUAGUGGUUGUUGAGUUUUCUUAGUGUUGCUUCCUGCUGCGUAUGACGUCUAGAAAAUAUGCCAAAAGAAAAUUCAUAUAUACAGAUGUUGUAUUAUACCUUUGCAGUCGUGACAUGUAUGCAAUAUGCUUAUGUUUGUCUCCCAAAGUUUGUCGACCCUUCUAGACCUACAGUGCGCCGGUGGAUUGGUGUCA